UAAAAGCUCAUAACCCAUUGAUCAACAUUAUUUCAUUUCCCUCUCACUUCUCUUUCUCUUUGUGUUUCAUUUCUUGUAGUGCUUAUGGCAAAAGUAGAAGCUAAAGAACUUGAAGGGACCUCAGAACCCUUCAAAUGUAAGAUAUGUGUUUUGAGAGUCUCUAUUCAUUGUGAAGGUUGCAAGAGGAAAGUCAUAAAGAUUCUGCAUAAUAUUAAUGGAGUUCACUCGGUAGAAAUCGAUCGAAAGCAACAAAAAGUCACAAUCACAACAAACAUCGACGAACAAUCUCUCAUCAAAAGAUUAAUCAAGGCAGGAAAGCACGCAGAACCAUGGCCAGAAACAAAACCCAUCUCAAAAAUAGAAAAACAAAUCGCCGUCGAAAUCCCCGCCGGCGAAACUAGCGCCUCCGUCCGCGACGGCGGAAAGCAGAAACAAAGCACUGAAACAGAACCGUCGGCGGAAGCAUUGCAAGUCCCACCAAGAAAUGAAGAGAAAUCCGGAACUAAUGAGAAUGUCCAAGUACUUCAAAUUAGUAAGGCCGACGAUGGCCACGGAGAUGCGACGGAGACUAACGGCCGUGUAGAAAGAGUUGUAGAGUCUCCGCCGGACAUCGCCUGUGAGACGCAGCCCGGUAUGCCGAGCGAUGCGGUGGACAUUGAGGCAAGCUGCAGUGGCGACGGAGAAGGGAGAAAAAAGAAGAAGAAGAAGAAGCAGGGGCAGAGGAAAGAGAAAAGCAGCGGCGCAGUCGCCAGAGAGAUGGUGAGUCCACCGACAGUUCCUACACCAGCAAACAUAGGAUCACCUAAUCCUCCCAAUCAAAUUCCAUCAUCCAAUCACAGCCCUCCAUUUAACAAUCCAUACAAUCAUCCAUUACACGUGGCUGCAUCGCAACCCGCUUACGUGGCGAGUUACAAUACCGUAUACCCUACUAACACCCACGACGCAUACUACGCUUCUCCGCCAUCGUAUUCGUAUGCUUAUGUACAUUCCAUGGCACCAAGAAACAGCACAACACUAUCGUCGUCGUUACCGAUCGCGGAACAACCGUAUACCUAUGCACAUUCGAUUGAACCUAGAAAUAUUUCGUCGUUGUCGUCACUGCCACCAGUCGUGGAACAAUCGAACUCUCCACCGUCGAGUCCGUUCGACUUCUUUAGUGAUGAGAAUCCGAGUGGUUGCUCCAUCAUGUGACAAGCAAGACUAUGCUUAGUCGAAUGAUACUAAACGUAUACAACUCGUAUAAGUACAUGGGAGUAGAAUUGUAACAAAAGUGUGUAUAGAAGUAGUAUGUGGCCAAAAAAAGGGAGAAAUAGAGAAAAAGCUAAGGACCAAGGAAGAAAAAGGAAAAAACUUUGUGGGUUUUUGUGCUUAGCUUUAUUUAGUGUACUUUUACUUCCUUUACUAUUUCAAAAUUUACAUUGUAAGUUAGGUUGUACUUUAGUUCUUAGGUGUUUUUUAGGUUAAAUUAUAAAGAUCUUCUAUAUAUAUUUUGAAUAUUGUGUUUA